AUGGAUGCAUUGGGUUCAGAAUGCAGUAGUGGUUGUGAGUCUGGUUGGACUCUAUACCUUGACCACUCUUUCCAUACCUCCUCACAAUCAUACACACCAUCUCUUGACCAAACUAAACACAAAAAGGUUCAAUAUGAUGAAGAAGAGGACUCGUCCAUGGUUUCUGAUGCUUCAUCUGGGCCUCCACACCAAGAAUAUUCUCCAUCCAAGCCUGCAAAACUCACCAAAAGAAGUAAAAAGAGACAGAAAGUUAAAGAAAAUAAUAUUCAGCAGCACCUUGAUGACACUGCUAGCUCUCCUCUCUUUGACAAUAACAAUGUUGUUACUAUGAAUAACCAACAAACAACUUCAACCAUAGAGAGUGUGCUAGAUUACUCACAAGGUUUUUCUGCUACUUAUUUUGAGGAGAGAUCUUCAUUGCAAGACCACUUUGGUUUCUUACAAUCAUCUCUAUCACAAAAUGAAGCUCAUAUCAACAAAAAAUGGUUAGGAGCGAAAGAGAUGGGAAUGAUAUAA